AUGACUUCUACCGUCAACUCCGUGUCAGCGGCCAACAGUGCGUCUGGCAAUGCAUCCUCCCAGAAUCCGACCCCGAGACCCUCGCUGAGGCCCAGUGCCAGUGCCGGUGCCAGUGCCAAGGCAUCCGACGGCGGUCGACACCAAUCUGGCAGUCCUCUUGACGGGGGACAGAGACCGACUGCGAAAGAAUCGAACACACCGGACAACCAUGCCCAUGACCGCCUUGUCUUCUUGUUUACUAGCUUUAUUGGCCUUGCCACUUCGAUCACCACGAAGAACGGCGAUAAAUUCACAGGCAUAUUUUCUUCCUCGUCCCUCGAACCCACCGAUUCCUCCUUUGUCCUUAAGAUGGUACAGCGACAACAUAAAGACGAACAGUCUCGGGCGAACGGUGUGAGUGAAACCGCUAGCCCAUACAUGGGCCCGGCGCCCGAUCAUACUGUGUCUUUUGACGUCAGGGAUGUCGUGGAUAUCUCGGUGCCCAACGUAUCCACCUCGGAAGUCAUUGCGAAGGCGUCGAAUGGUCAUUCGAGUGGAUUCAAAACGGAUACUGACAUUUCCGGAAACUAUGCCAUCCGUGAGCGGACUUUAAAACGCUGGGAACCAACCGCGGAUGCGGACAUCGGUUUGUCGCUGGAAGGCCCAACGUCGUCGGGGACCUGGGACCAGUUCGAAGCCAACGCUCGACUCUUUGGUGCUACGAGUAACUAUGAUGAGAAUAUCUAUACCACCCGUAUUGACCGUUCCGAUCCAGCCUACAAACAGAAGGAAGCAGCGGCCGCUCGAAUCGCUCGUGAAAUCGAGAGCACCGAAACGGAUAAUGUCCACAUGAGGGAAGAACGAGGGUUAACGGUCCCUGAUACCGGGGACGAGGAAGAAAAGUACAGCGGUGUCCGUCGUGACGAGAAGAGUUUCCCCCCUCUGGUUUCCGGGCAGCCAAACAAAUACACCCCGCCUGCCCGCCGGCAACCUGCCCCACAAACUGCAUCAGCCAGCGCUGCUGGCGGGCCCCCGACCUCUAUGCCGUCGAAGGAGAAUCUUGCACCGCAGGCGCAACCGACUGCCGCAGCUGCUCCGAGUGUCAGUACCGAUACGGAACAGAAAUCGAUUCCAGGAAAGACGCCGUCGACUGUCAAUGCCGUCCCAAAACGGGCUGUCGCGGAGAACGCGUCCACUAAUGUGGAAACAGAAGUGCUGGAUCAUUUCCGACAGUUUGCCAACAACGAGAAAAUCAAAGUGCAGGAGCGACGUCGUAACCAAGCUUCCCAUGAUCGCACCAUCAAGCUGAAUGAGUUGAUGAAGUUCUCGAAAAAUUUCAAGCUUGCUACACCGGUCCCGAAGGACCUGGUACCGAUCCUCGCCAAAGACCCUCACAAACAGGAAGAAAUCAUCCAGCGAGCCCAACAGCAUUCCACUGACAAACCCACAUCCAAAUCCCCUCCCGCGGCAACUGCUGAGCAGCAAAAACCCACGGCUCGCGCUCCGGUUUCCGCAAUACCCGCCUUGACGUCCGAUCGCCCAACCUACCCUCGUGGCCGUCAGGUGUACCCUCCCGCUGGCCCUGGCGGACGACCUCCCCACCAGGCCAUGCAACCCGGCCGUCAAACUACCGGUAUGCUUGGUCACCGUCUUGCAGAUAAUCUCCAACAGCGAAAAGGGGCAGCAACGGGGCCGGUUCCAGCACCUCUGCCCAUUGCCGAUACGCGCCUGCCUCCUACUGGCCCGGCUGCCGACCAACCUGGAGUGUCCAGCCCGAACAAGGCUCAAGCGCCAACCUCUGCCACCUCGACCAAGUUCAACGUCCGAGCAUUGGAGUUCAAGCCUAACCCUGCGGCCAAUACCUUCACACCCGGAGCAUCGUCGAACUCGUCCCCGUAUGUUCGAGGCCGCUCAGUGUCCCGUGCUACCAGUCCGUCGGCCUUCUUCGGUGGGAAGAAGCCGCGGCCCAUCGCUGAGCGCCCGUCUCUCAACGACCACUUUAAUCCCAUCAAGCGAAUGAAGAAAGAAAGCGCCGAGCAAGCGGACAAAGAUUACACCUUCAACGGAGGUAUCCCACCCGCCUACAAAACUCUGCCUACCUGGGAGGUUGCACCCGGUAACGAGGAAAAGACGUACGAUCAAAUGUUCAAGCCACCUGCCGUCUCCCCUCAGAAUCGUUCAGCUUCGAACUCGCAAGCGCCACCGCAGCCACAAAUGCCGUUCCAGUUCCCGCAAUCCACGCCUGGCAUCCCCCCCACAUCGGGGCCACCUCACGGACCUCACCUACAUCCGCAGCAGCAUCAUGGAUCCGGCCCACCUCAUUUUGAUGACCCUCACCGGAUGCAAAUGUCGGCCUCCACGUCGCAGGUCUUCCCGUCUCCUCGGCUUCAGCCCGGAUACCCAUCUCCUAUGGCGCCGCAUGCCCAGCUUGCAUUUGGACAACAUAUGCCGCAAUUCUACCAGAAUCCUCCGCAGCCUGGCCCCGUCAGACAUUACCCGGGCAAUACGCAAUUCAUGAGCCCACAGGCCACCAUGGGCGCUCCUGUGAUGGUCCAGCAGCCCUCCAAUGGACCCUACAUCGGUGUCCCUCAGGGCAUGGCCCCAUAUAACCCCCAAAUGCAAAUGUAUUCUCCUAAUCCGGGCCAUUCCUACCCUCAGCAUGCCCCACCUCAGCCGCACAGUGGCUAUCCGAGCCCUAGUCGCGGUGCCCCUAUGAUGAUGCACCAGAAUUCCCAGCCAGGCCAGCCUCCCCAGCCGGUCAUGUUUAUGUCCCCUGGACAACAUGGGCAGCCUGUUUACCCCGGUCAGCAGCCAGGGCACAUUCCUCCGGUUCGGGGCAAUUACCCUCAACAACAGCCGCAUUUUCAGUCCAGCCCUCAUCAGGGACAUCAUUUCCCUCCCCACCAGCACCGUACACCAAGUAAUGGCUACAAUCAGAUGCCCCAGAUUCCGCCUCAACUCCCCUCUCAACCCCCGCCGUCCGGUGCAUCUGGCCCUGCUCAGGCCCCGGAAGCUGCUGACGAGGCGAAAUGA